AUGUCAUUUCAGGCUCACGAGAACAACUCACAAGAUGACCUUCUGUACUUGUCUUUCUACAGUGAUGCACCAGUCUACGGUGGUGCCCAUUUUGUGGGCUCUCCUGGCCAAAUCACCCUAGGAGAGCCUAGUAUUCCACCUAUGCGCCCCAUUCCUUCUUAUGGUUCUCUUCCGUCGUCCACUUUACGACCAAGCCGGAAUCGAAGUGUUUCCUACGUUGUUGCUCAUACGCCUCCUUCAGGAGUUAAUAUGACUGGUGCUCGGAACCUUAGGCAUUCUCUUGUCCGUUUGUCUCGUCCCAGGCCCCCACUACCAGAAUCGCGAUGGUCACUGUUCGAACAACUUAUGGAGAAUGAGGGCCAGCUGAGGAGCCCUACGACACGCGACAGACGCCAUCUUAUGAGCUCCGAGCACUCUUCACCGGAAUCUGAGCACAACACCCGAGAGGCGUCCUUAGAACUAUCCAAUGGGCAUCAUGAUCCCACUGAACCAGAAGACAACUCCAAAGCCUGCCUCAACGGCUCUUCAGCUACUUCCGCUCCUACAUUGCUAUCACGCCAUCGGUUACCUCCCUUGCAAGCACCCACAAUACCACUCUUGUGGAGGAACAUUCUCAAAUGCGCAGUGGCAUAUCUUAUUGCCUCUCUCUUUACGUUUUCACCAUAUCUCUCUGGAUUCCUCAGUGAUAUUUCCACACCGGGAGCAGGGAAUGGCCUCCCAGCGCCCACUGGUCACAUGAUAGCCACAAUCGCAAUUUACUAUAACCCCGCAAAAACUAUGGGGGGAAUGAUGGAGGCUAAUUCGUACUGCUCCAUUGCGUUUCUUUAUGCAGCAUUUGUUUGUUUGGGAAGCAUGUCCAUGUUCUGGUCUCUCGAGGUCAGACCAGGAUGGGAGUGGCUUGGUGACGCUCUCGUCAUUUUGUGGGUUGGAGUCAGUAUGUGGGGUCUCACUUGGAUAAAAGUGUGGAUGGAUAAACCCACCUUUAAUUCGGCGUGUAGCAUGACUGCCAUAAUAUUAUCUGUUGUAAUUAUCAGGGAAGGAGGCUUGGAAACACUUCUGCAAGUCUUCUCGGUCGUACUCGUCGGCACCUUAAUAUCAAACGUUGUGUGUUUCACGCUAUGGCCCAAGAGCGCCACAGACAACCUCCAGUUGAAUAUGACAAAGACCUUGGAUUCGUUUACCACCCUCCUUGGCAUGGUCACAAACACCUUCCUCCUCGAAGAACCCAUUCGCCAGCCUAGCCAGGAUAAAAUACACAAGGCAGUCGAGAACCACCAGGCAAGUUUUACGAGUCUCAAAAAGAAUUUAGAAGAAGCCAAGUCGGAAUGGUUCAGCGGUCUGCGCGGACAAGGAGGCAAGGCCUACGGGGACGCGGUUGAUAGCCUCACGCGUCUUGCUCAACAUCUGAAUGGCUUGAGAAGCGGCACCCGCUUGCAGUACGAACUCACGAAGGCUCACAGCGAGGGACGCUUGACGCUGAAGCGACACAAUCAAACGAUCGGAAGAGAGCAUGAUCCAAGCGGGUGUCGUUCUCCUGCGGGGAAGGGAAGGAGGGCGUCCAGUUGCGGUUCGGACAUGAGGGACGAUGCAGAUGAAAUUCUACUACAAGCUGCGGCGGAUAUGUUCGGCGAUCUAGUUGAUGAACUGGGUCCACCACUGAAGGCCUUGACGAGAACCUGUACUGCAAGUUUCAAACGUCUACGCGAAGCAUUUGCGCAGAGCAAACAUGUCCAAAGAGAAGCUCCACUUCAACCUCAUGAUUUCCAUCUUCUGAUUGAUGAGAUCGACCGCGCGCUGUUUACUUUCGAGAGCACCUCGAACCAUGCAGUUAUGCGCUUAUACAAACGGAGCAAUUUCGCUGCCUCGUCUAUGGGGAUUUCAUUUGAUUCUUCAGCCCCAUUGGAUAAUGUCCUUAUGAACAGCGAACAUGAACACAUAUUCCUUCUCUACUUUUUCAUUUUCACGUUGCAGGAAUUCUCUAGAGAGCUUAUUUCUCUCACGGACGCUAUGAGCAGAAUAUAUGCAGUCAAACAAGUCAGAGCGGAUACGCCGGGCUGGUUUAACCGAUAUAUUUUACACGGUCCAUCAAAUCUUUUAUCUGCAAUGCGAUUGCGUCGGCGUAACUUGGCUUAUGAGAAAUCCAAGCGGUCAGGACUGCGCCGAUUCUCAUCAUAUUUCACUUCCCCCCAUCACACCAAAGUAUUCUUUCCCAAGGUCCAACCACAUGCUCCAAACACGAUACAAACGCCCCAUCCUGCAAACCUCCCUUUUAUUGGUCGUAUGAAGCGCGCACUGUGGGAUUUUGGUGGAAUUUUGAAAGAGCGCAAAAUGAAAUAUGCCUUCAAGGUGGGGAUGUCCACUGCUGUGUUGGCUGCACCUGCGUUCUUUGAUGCUACGAGACCGAUGUAUACGAAUUAUAAGGGUGAAUGGGCAGUUGAUUUCCUCAUGUCGCCUACGAUCGGAGCUACUAAUUUCCUUAGCAUUCAUCGUGUCCUCGGUACUCUUUUCGGAGCUUGUGCCGCAGCUGGAAUUUAUAGCCUUUUCCCGGAGAAUGCAAUUGUGUUGUCGAUCUUCGGUUUCUUUUUUUCGAUCCCCUGUUUUUACUACGUCAUUGCGAUUCCAGAGUAUGCGACGACAGGGAGAUUUGCCCUUUUGACAUAUAAUUUGACGUGCCUUUAUUCGUACAACGUUCGAGAAGCCGAAGUAUCUGUGAUCGAUAUUGCGUUUUAUCGCUCGACUGCGGUUACCGCUGGUGUCCUCUGGGCUGCGAUUGUAUCACGUUUCUGGUGGCCUUCAGAAGCGCGAAGGGAGCUCAGUCGAGAGCUGGGAGACUUUUGUCUGAACAUCGGAUGGCUAUACACCCACUUGGUAGCAGCCAACUCAGGCGUGCCUCGCGUAGAAGAUGACACAGAUGAAGACGAGCCUGAGACGCAGUGUGCGGACGAGACGACGUCGCUCCUGCCCAGGUCCGCUAAAGCCAAGCUUGACAAAUACAUUCACGAAUUCAUGGCUAUGGAAUUGCACCUCCAGCGGAAGCUCAUUGAGUUGCAAGAUCUCCUGGCUCAGACACAGCAUGAGCCUCGGUUGAAGGGACCUUUCCCUAUAGCACUCUACCGAGCGAUAUUGACGAGUCUCCAGACUAUCCUGGAUAGGCUGCACAGCAUGCGUUGCGUCACUACUCGAGAGGAGUGGAUUACGUCCGUAAGGAAAGAUUUCAUUUUACCCGUGAAUAAGGAACGAAGGGAUAUGGUCGGAAACAUCGUUCUUUAUUUCUCUACGCUCGCAUCCGCCUUUCGCUUGAAAGCCCCAUUACCUCCGUACCUCCCACCAGCUGAGGAAUCGAGGGAGCGUCUGGUCAAUGCAAUCCGGAAAUUGGAUGUAGUCAGGAACAGGGAUGUGAAAGGGUCUCGACAGCUGCUUUUCUUUGCGUAUGCUCUUACUAUGAAAGGCGUGACUCAGGAGUUGGAGUAUCUUGGGCGUACGCUCCAAACUGUUUUUGGUGUGAUUGGCCAUAGUCCGAAGGAGUUUGAGGCGUUGUUUGCAGAGCCGGUUGAGAGUGUGGACUGCUACGCAUGUUGUUUGACGCAUUGUAUAUACUGUACUUUUCACUAUAUGGACAUGCAAAUAAUGUAAUGAUACAUUCGAAUUU